UCGCGUUGGAAGGUUUGUUUCUUUACAUACAUACAUACAUACAUGCUACCUGAAAGCUUCCAAUUCUAAUUGAUGGUUUAACCUUCAACCUUUCAUAUUCCUCCACUCAUAUCUCAUUUAUUGACUAAUUUAAUCCCAUUCUUUUUCUAAUUUUUCACCGGGUCUGCCGGUUCUACCAGCCUGUCAUUCAUUAUCAAUAUGGCCGAGUCGAAAAGGCCCAAUGUACCAUCGUGGCAAGAACCGCAAUCCGAGAAAGACGCUGCACCCGAGACUAGUCAUCCCCCGGAUGUCGACACGCCAGACGUGACUCUUGAGCAAGCCCGGUUAUUUCUACGAGAUGAAACGGUUCGAAGUUCGAGCGUAGAAAAGAAAACGGAAUUCCUCAAGAGCAAGGGGUUAGACGAUACCCAGAUCCAGCAAUUGUUGGAAGAGGUAGAACAACCCACGCAAACUCCAAAUCCAUCGCCGACAACCACCAAGUCUACAGGUGGAGGCGAAGUCACAAUGCGAACUUCUGAAGCAAAGAAAGACGUCGAGGUAUUUGCCCCUACAGCUUCUUCAUCGACAAGCGACCCAGUACCAAUCAUAACCUACCCCGAAUUCUUGACUACCUCGACCAAACCGCCACCUUUGAUCACCCCUUCCAGCCUCGCCAAUAUCCUAGCUGUCUCUGGCAGUGUAUGGACUCUUCUAUACGGCACGGCACGAUUCGUUGUUAGCCCGAUGGUGGACAGUCUCAACGACGCGCGAGCUGACUAUUACGGGCAUAUAAACGAGAAACUAGAGCAGCUAGUUGAACAACUCGAAGAUGUCGUCAGCGAGGUUCCAUACAAGAACGGAAAACUGGUAUUGAAGUCAAAGCAAAAUGAAGAUGCUUAUGCGGACAACGAAAGCAUUUGCAGUGAUCCCACCGAGCUCUUCCACCGGGACUUCGGGACGCAGACCUCACCGAAAAUGCUGGCCCAAGAUUCGGCUGGCACGCCCCAGGUAGACAAGCCCAUUGACGCACAAGCCCGCCGUCUCGCCGCUCUGAAGGCAUCCCUCCGUGAAGUGAACGACAUGCACGUACGCCAUGCCGAAGAUUCCGCCGACCUCAACGCUCUUCUCCGGGAGAUCCGCGAUGAGGUCGACAAAGUGGGUGCUCCUCCGAUGACCGACUUCGCCACCAUCCACGGAGGCAUGGGCUACGGACGUAGCUCCGACCCCGACGACGAAGUCAAGAAGACCAGGGACGCCAUCCGUAGCGUCAAGGGAAUGUUCCUGAGUUCGAGAAGCUUCCCGGCCACGGCAGCGAGAUAGGAGAACAAAGCUGCCACAUCGAGCGGGAGAGGUGAGCCGGCCAAGA